AUGUCAGACACUGCGCCCUGUGACGGCUUGCUGAAGCCGCGCUUGUCGCCGCUCGAUGCUGCGGUGGCUGCGCAUGGGGAAGAGGCUGCGAAGACCAAGGUCGCACUGUUGCUCACGCCUGACAACGAGUUGGAGCCGUAUCAGGCCGAGCUGGCUGGCGCUCUGUUUGUGGGCCAUUUGGCGACCGACAUGGACUCGAUCGGAUCGGCGGUGGGCGCGGCGGAGUUGUUUGGCGGGACGGCGACGCGGGCGUCCGAGAUCAACUCGGAGACUGCGUACGCGUUGGAGACCUUUGGCGUGGCGCUCCCGCCGCGGUUCGAGGACGCGGUCGUCGCCGCCGGCAACGACGCCAAGGUUGUGCUUGUCGACCAUUGCCAGACGACGCAGAUGAACGCGGCUGUGGAUCCGGCAACGGUAGUGGGCAUCAUCGAUCACCACGCGCUGCAGGCGUCGACGCUCACCACCGACCUGCCCAUCUACAUCGACAUCCGCCCGUGGGGCUCGGCGUGCACCAUCAUUGCGCACACCUUUGUCACGCUCAACCGGCCGAUCUCGCGGCCGACGGCAGCGCUGCUGCUGUGCGGCAUCUUGUCGGACACGCUUAACCUGCGGUCGCCGACAUCGACCCGGCACGACGCGGUCAUGGUGGCGCUCCUCUGCACAGUACUGGAGCUCGACGACCCGAACGCGCUUGCCAAGUCGCUGUUCAAGGCCAAAUCGCGGACACUCUCGUUGCUUUCGGCACACCAGCUUGUCCGCGGCGACCAGAAGACGUUUGAUCUCGGAUGUGCGGAUGGAACCAGCCUCACUGUCGGCUUUGGCGUGGUUGAGACGACCGAUGUGGAGGCGAUGCGCGCGCGACGUGACGAGCUCCUCUUUGAGUGCCGCGCGCUCAAGAAAGAGGAAUCGCUCGACAUGGCCUUUCUCGCGCUCGUCGACAUCGCCAACCUUCGGUCGGAGCUGCUGCUCUGCGGGCCGCGCGAGGCGGCGUUGGCGGUCGCGACGUAUGGUGGGAGUGUUGAAGCCGCGUCUUCGACACUGGACCUUGGUGACCGCGUCUCGCGCAAGAAGAACUUUAUCCCACCGCUCUCGCAGACGCUGCAGAGCGGCUUUGCCUUUCCGCCGGACUUGGCGAGCUACGCCGAGCCGGACGAGGAGUUUGGCAAGGUGGUGACAAUCUGCACCCCAACAGGGUGCAUGACCCAGCGCCGCGGCCCGGCGUUUGCGGCGGUCGCGUCGGCGGCGGUCGCCGCGACCGCUUUCGCCGAGUGCGGGCACGCCCACGCCGGGCCGCACUGAGGCUGCGAUUGCAAAGGCGAG